AUUCCGGAAAUGGUAGCAAGUGCUGAGACAAUGCUCGGAAGGUGGGAAGAUUAUGUAGGGAAAGAGAUUGAGGUGUUUGAAGAGUUUAGGUUGUUCACUUCAGAAGUGAUUUCUAGAACAGCUUUUGGCAGCAGUUACAUAGAAGGCAAGAACAUCUUUGAGAUGUUGAUCAAGUUGGCCUUCCUAGUGUUUAAAAAUUCUCUAACAGUCAGGGUUCCUGGCAUCAGUAAACUUUUCAAAACCAACGAUGAGGUCGAAUCAGACAAACUUGAGAAAGAAGUACAUGGCUCCAUAACAGAGAUAGUCAAGAAACGAGAAAAGAAGGCAAUGACAGGACAAAAGGAGAGUUUCGGGAGUGAUUUUCUCGGAUUACUUUUGAAGGCUCAUCACGAUGCAAAUGAGAACCAGAGGGUUUCGGUGGAUGAGUUGGUUGAUGAGUGCAAGACGUUUUACUUUGCAGGACAAGAAACCACUAAUACUUUGCUUGCCUGGACUGUGUUUCUUCUAGCACUCCAUACGGAUUGGCAAGAGGAAGCAAGAAAGGAGGUGAUGGACGUAUUCGGCAAACAAACUCCAAAUCCUGAUGAUUUUUCCAAACUGAAAACAAUGAGUAUGAUUUUCUACGAGUCUCAAAGGUUAUAUCCCCCUCUUGAUUCUUUAGUAAGGAAAGUUGAUAGGGAAGUUAGACUGGGGAAUGUCAUUGUCCCACCUAACGUUGAAUUGAUUCUCUCAAAUCUAGCAUUUCAGCAUGAUCCUCGAAUCUGGGGAGAAGACUCGCAACUUUUCAAACCAGAGAGAUUCGCAGAAGGGAUUGCUAAAGCCACUAACAAUACCAUAAGCGCUUUCAUACCCUUUGGAGUGGGACCUCGAAGCUGUGUUGGGUUGAACUUUGCAACCAUUGAAGCAAAGAUUGCUCUGUCAAUGAUUCUACAACGCUACUCCUUCACUCUUUCCCCAGGUUACAUCCACUUGCCUGUUCAUUAUUUGACAAUGCGGCCACAACAUGGAAUUCAGGUAAUGCUACACUCACUUUGAACCGUGAAGGCCGGCAUUGCCGGGGAAUUGAUGCCCUUGGAUUAACUACACAGUGCAACUAAUGAAAUUGUAUCUGUCAAUUAUCAUUUCAACUUUUCCUAGCUAUCGAACUCUUUGGUAUGUGUUUAGACUAAUCGCUGCGCAAUACAAAGAAAGACAAGAAUUGGGUAAUAAAAUCUGCAGUCACCCGUGUCAAAGGCCAUACUGCUCUCUGUUCAUCAUCUAUAAGUUCUAAUGUCUCAGCCAUUAGUGAGAAUUAGUAGAUUUUUAUCUGCGCAAGCUGUCUCUAGAGAUUGUAUAAUCUCUUCCGGGCGCUUUCAUAGAAGCCCUCGUCCCUCCCGCUGCUUUGGCUCCUCCGCCGCAACCACAGUUGCUCCGCCUGCACAUUUUACCUAACAUAAGAAA